AUGCCUAGGUAUGAAGAAGAUAAUGUGCCUAACUAUGCACAGACUAUACUCUUGAUAGUUUUGUCGUUCAUAAUUCCCCCUGUUCCCAUAAUUAUGCUUUCGAAUAACUCCAUAUUCACCAAAGAAUGUCUUAUAUCAGUUAUCUUAACUUUGCUAGGACAUAUUCCUGGUGUCGUCUUUAGUUUAUACUACGUUCUUAUUGAAUACCCAAAAAGAAUCACCAGACGUUCUGGAAGAGAUGGUUAUAUAAGAAUUGGAGAUGACGAUGAGAUAAGACCUACCCUGGUAGUUGAUAGUAACCCAUAUGCUCAAGAGCAGGAAAGACAGGGGUCCCUGUUGGAUAUUCCACAAAAUGAAUCUGAAUCUUUGCAUCCACCACCUCCAGAUUAUGAAGAAAUAGCUGGAGGAAGUAAUGGCCAGAAAGAUAGUAAACUGGCUGGUGAUAAUAAAGUGCAAUAUUGA